GCCGCCCCUUUCCCGCGCUGCUGCCGCCGCGGCCUCCACCGCUGCGAGCUCGGCCGCUAGUGGUCCGCGGACUUUGGGUGUCCGGGUUGAAGGUCGGUCCGGACGUCGGACCCAGCUAGGUUCCCGGACUGUCCGGGGCCGCCGCCGCCUUCUCCUCGCCUCAGCCUGGCGUUUUGUUCCGAGAGAUCGGAGAGGCGAGCGGAGCUGACAGUGAUUUUGACAGUGAUUUAAAUCCGCUUUUGUUGUUGUUGGCUUUUCGUUGUUUGGUUUUGUGUGUUGUGCGUGUGUGUGGCGAUUUUUCCCCCGUGGUGCCUUUUUUUUUUUUUAAUUGUUGUGCUUUUUUUUUUUUUUUCCUUUUUUCCAAACCCCGUGAACGUUUUUUUGCUCGGGGCUUCCGAAUAUGUUUUAUGACGGUUGAUUUUACACCAGGAGGUUUGUCUCCGAGGAAGACCCAGGGAACUGGAUUUCUAGCGAGAACUUCCUACGGCUUCCCCAGCGCCUCGGGAAAAUGGGAGCUGCUGCAAAGUUGGCGUUUGCCGUCUUUCUUAUCUCUUGUUCUUCAGGUGCUAUACUUGGUAGAUCAGAAACUCAGGAGUGUCUUUUCUUUAAUGCUAAUUGGGAAAGAGACAAAACCAAUCAAACUGGUGUGGAACCCUGUUAUGGUGACAAAGAUAAACGGCGACAUUGUUUUGCUACCUGGAAGAAUAUUUCUGGUUCCAUUGAAAUAGUGAAACAAGGUUGUUGGCUGGAUGAUAUCAACUGCUAUGACAGGACUGAUUGCAUAGAAAAAAAAGACAGCCCAGAAGUAUAUUUUUGUUGCUGUGAAGGCAACAUGUGUAAUGAAAAAUUUUCUUACUUUCCAGAAAUGGAAGUCACACAGCCUACUUCAAAUCCAGUUACACCUAAAGCACCAUAUUACAACAUUCUGCUUUAUUCCUUGGUGCCACUUAUGUUGAUUGCGGGGAUUGUCAUUUGUGCAUUUUGGGUAUAUAGGCAUCACAAGAUGGCCUACCCUCCUGUACUUGUUCCAACUCAAGACCCAGGACCACCUCCACCCUCUCCGUUACUAGGUUUGAAACCACUGCAAUUAUUAGAAGUGAAAGCAAGGGGAAGAUUCGGUUGUGUCUGGAAAGCCCAGUUACUCAAUGAGUAUGUGGCUGUCAAAAUAUUUCCAAUACAGGACAAACAAUCGUGGCAAAAUGAAUAUGAAGUCUAUAGUUUGCCUGGAAUGAAGCAUGAGAACAUAUUACAGUUUAUUGGUGCAGAAAAACGAGGUACCAGUGUAGAUGUGGAUCUUUGGCUUAUUACAGCAUUUCAUGAAAAGGGUUCACUAUCAGACUUUCUUAAGGCUAAUGUGGUCUCUUGGAACGAACUGUGCCAUAUUGCAGAAACUAUGGCUAGAGGGUUGGCAUAUUUACAUGAAGAUAUACCUGGCUUGAAAGAUGGCCACAAACCCGCAAUAUCUCACAGGGACAUCAAAAGUAAAAAUGUGUUGCUGAAAAAUAAUCUGACAGCUUGUAUUGCUGACUUUGGAUUGGCAUUAAAGUUUGAGGCUGGCAAAUCUGCAGGUGAUACCCAUGGACAGGUUGGUACUCGGAGAUAUAUGGCCCCGGAGGUAUUAGAGGGUGCUAUAAACUUCCAAAGGGAUGCAUUUUUGAGGAUAGAUAUGUAUGCCAUGGGAUUAGUCCUGUGGGAACUGGCUUCUCGCUGUACUGCUGCAGAUGGACCCGUAGAUGAGUACAUGUUGCCAUUUGAAGAGGAAAUUGGCCAGCAUCCAUCUCUUGAAGACAUGCAGGAAGUAGUUGUGCAUAAAAAAAAGAGGCCUGUUUUAAGAGACUAUUGGCAGAAACAUGCUGGAAUGGCAAUGCUUUGUGAAACAAUAGAAGAAUGUUGGGAUCAUGAUGCAGAAGCCAGGUUAUCAGCUGGAUGUGUAGGUGAAAGAAUUACCCAGAUGCAAAGACUAACAAAUAUCAUUACUACAGAGGACAUUGUAACAGUGGUCACAAUGGUGACAAAUGUUGACUUUCCUCCCAAAGAAUCUAGUCUAUGAUGGUUGCACCAUCUGUACACACUGAGAAAUGGGACUUUGAACUGGAGCUGCUAAGCUAACAAAACUGCUUACAGUUUAUUUUCCGUGUGAAAUGAGUAGGUCUCCUGGAAAUGUAAGAAAGCAGCCCCUCAUUGCAAAGUGUGGUGCUGGGAGACUUACUGCAUUGCCUGCAGCACAGACGUGAAGGACAUGAGACUUAAGAAAAGUUGCAGACUCCAUAACUUUUGAAAAAAAUGUACAUGAAGAAUGUGGCCCUCUCCAAAUCAAGGAUCUUUUUGGACCUGGCUAAUCAAGUGUUUGAAAACUGACGUCAGAUUUCUUAAUGUCUGUCGGAAGACACUAAUUCCUUAAAUGAACUACUGCUAUUUUUUUUAAAAUCAAAAACUUUUCAUUUCAGAUUUUAAAAGGGUAACUUGUUUUUAUUGCAUUUGCUGUUGUUGUUUCUAUAAAUUACUAUUGUAAUGCCAAUAUGACACAGCUUGUGAAUGUUUAGUGUGCUGCUGUUCUGUGUACAUAAACAAAGUCGUCAAAGUGGGGUACAGUAAAGAGGCUUCCAAGCAUUACUUUAACCUCCCUCUCAACAAGGUAUACCUCAGUUCCAUGGUUGCUAAAUUAUGAAAUUGAAAACACUAACAAAUUUGAAUAAAUUGAUCCAUGUUUUGUAACAAGGUAUUACAAAUUCACUGUGUUAUUCAAGAAAAAAUGGUAAACUAUGGUUAGUGCCAAUAGCUAAGUGGCCAUUUGUAAAACAGUGUUUUAGCUUUUAUUGUGCUGGCUUGUAAUUUAAGGAGAGAAGUGCUGUUUUUUGAGAUGAAAUGUAGUUUCCCCCUUAUCUAUGUUUUAAAAUCUUCAUCGAUAACCAGGUCUCAAAAUAUUGCAUACUUACUUCUUUUCAGGUGUGAUGUGUUUGGGGAAUAUUUAAAAAAUUAAAGCAUGAUUUCAUUUUUUUUUUUUUUAAAGUGAGCUGUGACACUGGAAAGCUCUUCAUUUUAUCUUUUUAAAUACAUUUUUCCUAUUUUUUUUUUAAUGUAGAAUUUGUAUAUUUCUUUUCACCAAACUGUGUAGGAGAGUCUUUUUAUCACUGUUUUAGGAUCACCUCAGGAAGUGGCAUUACCCAGAAUUCCUCACUGUUUUGAGACUUGUAACUUUAUCACUAUUACUUCUGUUUGGUGCCAUCUUGUGAAAGUAAUAUUUGAUGCCUGGGAUUUGUAAAGAAUUCUCUUAGGAUAGUGAUUAUUAGCCUCUAAGCACAGAUUCAGAUGUUACUGCUUUAAAACAAAUCAGGGAUAAAAAGUCAAAGUUACAAUUUAAAAUAUGCAAUGACAUUUAGAGGUAACCAAUGUUGAUACAGUAACAAAGCCUUGUUCCCCAAAAUUGCUUUCACAAAUAACUCUGAUAUUUAGGAUAGUUCAUGCCUUAUCCUUGCUAAGAAAAUGGAAUUUAUGGUGGGUGCCAAAAUGCUCUUUAAAACAAUAUUGCAUAGAAUAUAAUUGGGUUCUUCUCAAAUUCAUAUGGACCAAAGUACAGUAAAACAUUAACUUCCUGGAUUUUUUGAUUAUUCACCAACAGCUAGUGUUACGCUUUGUACUUUUUUGUCAGGUCAUUUUAAAAUACAUGCAUUAAUUCUGUAAUCAGAUUUUUCAAUGUCACUAUCAAGAGCUCACUGUGAAUGUGUUGUAUUCAAAUGGUUAACUACACAGUACACUACACUUGACAUAUAAUAUGUACUUAAUCUCUGGGAAGAAUUAUUUAUAAACAAUACAUAGGUCAACAGACUCCAAGCAGGGAGGUAAAUGAGAGUAAGUGGCUUUCAUGUCUGUGUGCCACAUACCAUACAGAAGUAUUUGUGCUCUUGGUCAUGUAUGUACCCAGGUCUUGUAUUCUAAAAAUUUCCAUUUCAGUGUUUAGCACUUUUAUUUCAAAAAGGACUCAGUUUCUCUAGUUUUUUAUUUAGUGUUGCUUCCAUUUGAAAACUAAUCCAGGGUAAAAUACAGAAUGUUUGUAUGGAAAACAAAUUUCUACUUGUGGGAAACACUUAACCCUCUUUAAACAAUUGAAACAAAACUAAAUGAGAGAUAUCAUAAUAUUUGACUUAUGACAGUACUACAGAUAAAUUUUCUAGAUCUGUUAUUCACAGUAUGUUUUAUCUUCAUGUUAGGAAAUAUUUUUAGAAAUCCUGGGUAUUAUACUUAAUUCUGGCUAACCAAUUUUAAAACUUGUAUCCUUUUGAGAACUUCAUUAAUAGAGAAAUCUUUUAUAAGCAGUAAAGUAAGAAUGUUCUAGUGACUACCUUGUCUGAUACCUAGUCUUAUUAAAAACUUCUUUUGCAGGGCAUUUUAGUAUUUGGUUUACAAUCAGUGCAGAGUGGGCAAGUUAACUCAAAGUUUGAGCUGGGGAUACUGGUGAAAAGAUCAAAGAAUGAGCAAAGUAGCGAUUUGUUUUGGGGAAACAGACCCCAGUAACUUUUCCUCAUGUGUAUGGUGCUCCUCAUGCCUUGUCUUGUACUUUGCCUUUCUGAUAUCCAUUAUAACUGCUGCUCUCUUACGUUCUACCUUGCCCAGAUCUCCCGUGUUCAGAAAUGCUUUAUGAUCAACUGCCAUAGGACUGAUGGAUUAACUAGUGUUUGGCUUUAAUCAAAGUCUAUGCCCUGCACAGAUCUUACAAUGUAUUUUAGAUGCUAGGAAGUUUUUAGCAUGUGAUGUGUGAUUCUUAUCUGAAUGUUUAUUACAGGUACCUUGUGAAUUCCAGAAGAGACUGUGCCUCUCGGUUGGUCCCAUGAACUUGUACUAUCUUUCAUGAUAAUAUUAAUACAGUCAGGAAAAACUCCUACUACUUUGGGAUUUAAAAAUAGAAUCAUACAUCAUGAAAUUUUUAAAAAGUCUCUUCUGCCCCCUUCUCACUCUUCAGUAAGUUUCAUUUAUCUAAUAUGUAGGUGGUUGGGAAAAACCACUGGCCAAAUGGUAGUUUAGUGGAACAAACUGAUUACUAUUUUUUUAAAAAAUGCUACAUCGCAGAUAUUUUCCAGUUUCUCUUUUUUACUUUUUUGAAAAAUUACUUUUUAGGAACAUUUGGUAUAAUGUGCAUAAAAUUAUUUACAACUUAUGGGCAAAAUGAUACAAGUAGCAUCUUGAUUGACCAUCAUUUACCUCAGAUAUUCAACCAGCAGUACAUUUUUUUAUGCAGUCUCAACCCAUACCCUAUUUGUUACCUCUGAAGAUAUUGGUAAGCAGUUAUUUUAGCUUUACUCUGUAUUUCCUGUCAGUGUUUUUGGGCACAGAUUGUUGUACUACUGUCAAGUUGUACUUGCUAUUUUUUUUCUGCAAGUAUUUAACAGAAAGCUUAAAAAAAAAACCCCAUUAAGAUCCCACCUUCGGUAAGUGAUUGUUAAAUACUGUAUAAAUAAAAUGUAUGCUAUCCCCGUUCCAUCCCCAAGUUAAAUAAAAAAUGAAUAUGGUA